GCGCUCUAUUUCAUUUCGAGCAGUGCGACGGUAUCUUGAAAACGGGACGGCUACCGCAGUGAUGAUCUGAUGGUAGAAUUUGUUUGUAAGGUUUCCCAGCCGGCGCAUCUCCAGCCGUAGUCUGCUAGAUGUUUUAAAGACGGCCUAAAGCAUUUGUUUUGAUUCCGAUUCACUCUUCGAUCCGUCUUCUGCUUCUUUCCUCCGAACAUUUGUUGAUUCGUGUGAAAAAUAUCUCAUUUCAUGUCGUAUUUCAGGCAUAGAUAAGUCGCUAUUGUAUUUUAAUGGUGUUUAAUCUUCAAUGUGAAGUCUCACCUCAAUUUUCACCUUUUAGAUGUUUAAUUUGUAACUAUGUCUUCUUCUUGAUCUUUAGGCUACAGGAAGUUUUACAUUAAAUUAUGUAUAUCAAAAUGAAACAUUUAGGAUUAAGUAAAUUAAGCUCUAGAUAUAUUUUCAUCGCAAUAAUAUUGGUUGCUAUUAUGUUAUUACUUUAUGGUGUAUCGAAUGGAAACGAGCAUGCAAAGUUUGAUUCAUUGAAAGAUAAAUCCCCUAAAACUGCCAAAGUACACCUCUCCUCUGAUGAAAAUGAGUACAUGACUCAAAGUCAUGCUCAUUUAUUACAGCAACGACAGAAAGAACAAUUACUUCUUGCCGGUAUUAAUAUGAAGAAAGAUCCAUCCUCAUCUCAAAUGUCUCGUGACACAGAGCACACUUUAGAAUAUCGGGUUGUACACUUGGAUUUAAAGGGAGCCCCUCCAAAAGUUUCCUAUUUUGAAGAUUUAUUUCCGUUUCUGAAAAUGCAUGGAGCUAAUGGUAUCUUGAUGGAGUAUGAAGACAUGUUUCCUUACUCAGGACCUUACUUUGAAAAUGUGCCAGCCUACAAUGCAUAUUCUGGUUCUGAUAUCAAAGAGAUUUUGCGUUUAGCUGAAGUUAACAAAAUAGAAGUGAUUCCUCUCAUACAAACUUUUGGUCAUCUUGAAUUUUUCUUAAAAUUGAAGCAAAAUAUGGAUAUGAGAGAAGUUUUCUCAAAUGCAGGAUCUUUAUGUCCAACUCACAAUAAAACUAUGAAAGUACUACAUGCUAUGAUUGACCAAGUAGUGUCUAUGCAUCCAAAUUUAAAAUAUCUUCACAUUGGAUCAGAUGAGGUAUAUGAAGUGGGAAGAUGUGCACGAUGCAUUGAAAAACUGAAGCAAGAGAAUUGGAAAAAAGGUCAACUCUUCCUCCACCACGUAAAGAGUGUGGCAAAAUAUGUUCGCACAACCCAUCCUCAUGUAAUGCCGCUGGUGUGGGAAGAUAUGUUCCGCACUCUUACAUUUGCAGAACUGCUUGAAUCUGGCAUUUCUCAGUGGGUAGAACCUGUGGUAUGGAAUUACCAUCCAAACAUUCUUAUGCAUAUAACUUCUGACGUGUGGAGUAUGUAUGCCCAUAAUUUCAAGAAUAUAUGGAUUGCAUCUGCUUUCAAGGGUGCCACAGGACCAGACCAACUUUUGACCAACUUUACAUAUCAUUUGGAAAACCACAUGUCUUGGAUGGCUAUUGUGGAGCAGUUCAAACAUCAAGUCAAUUUUAGGGGUAUCAUGAUGACAGGCUGGCAGCGUUAUGACCACUUUUCAGUUCUGUGUGAACUCUUACCAGUUGGUAUUCCAUCACUCAUUUUGAAUCUGUACUAUAUCCAAAAUUAUAAGCAUACUUAUUUUAUUGACACACCAUCAAAACUGUUAGACCUGCUUCAAUGUGACAUCACUUUUCCACCUCACGGUGGUGGCUCUCAAUGUGCCUUUCCAGGAGGACGGGUCUUCAACAUAGCUCAAAGAUUUUACCUUCUGAAAAAUGAACUUGACAGUCCUGUAACGGGAAUAAACAAUCCUGUUGCACGAGGCUGGUUGAGUCAAGAAAAUAUAAAAUGGAAUUUCUCAAACCCUCAUCAGGUUGAGGCAGCCACUGGUGAUAUUGACCGCUUUAAAAUGGAACUAAUGAAUUUGAAAACUGAAUUCCGACAUGUUGGUGGUGAAAUCUAUGAUAAAUACACUACUGGGGAAUGGAUUGAGACAAACAUACAACCGUAUGAAAAACGUUUGGACGACCUAUGGACAGCUCGAGAUAAAUUGCUUAUGAGAGUGGAUUGGCCAAGACGACCGCUCAAUAUGCACCCUGAUCUAUGAGGAUAUGAAAGAAUACUCAUUUUCUGUUUUGAAACAUCAGAACGCUAAUUAUUGACUUCCAAGUUUUCCUUAUUUUGCACAACUAAAUCAGUACCUUGGCUUUAUCAGCUUAAGGAUCUUAACAUCUUAACAUCUUAACAUGUUAACAUAUUGCCAUAGUGCUAAAUAUAAUGAAAAUGCAUCCGUUAAUAUGUUAAUAUGUUAAGAUGUUAAGAUCCUUAAGCUGAUAAAGCCCUUCUAAUUGGCAAUCAACGUAAAGAUUCUUUGAGUAAAACCUAACAAAAACCAGAUAAAACAAGUUUUUUUGUUUGUUUGUUUUUAGUUAUAUAGUGGUUUUACUUUAUUUUAUCUGCACAAGUAAUCUCCAAUUUUAUGAAAAGCUGCAUGUCUUCAGCCUUUUAAAUUGAAAGUUUGAUCUUUAUGUGUGUCCAUCCUCUUUCUUGAUCGUGUUUAGGUCUCUCCAUGAAAAGUGAAAAAUGAGACUGAAAUGUAAGUGUAAGUUUCGACGAGUAAAUUUGUUCAUCUUCAAUUUUCCUGAUUCAUUUCCAUUUUCACUGUCUCAUGUUUCGCUCUUUUGUUUCGUUAAUGUGAUAUUACUUUAGUCAUUUCCAUUGUAAUAGAAAGUUUUACACAAACUUUUGUAAGAGAAUAUGGUAGAUUAAAUUUGAGAUGUGUAAAAGUAAUUUUUCCUAGGUAUCUGAAAAAUUGAAAUUGUUUCAUAAAAUAAUUGUACAUAUUUCUUAAAUGGAACAAAUAAACAUGUUUAUACCUC